AUGGCAAGACAUUUGCGUCUUCGGGAUUGGAAAAUGAGCACUGUUCGCUUCUUCUUCAUGUUGAUUAACUUUCUGACGCUAAUGUCGGGCGUCUCCCUUUUAGCCAUCGCAAUCUUUGGUAUGUCUUCGCAGGCUAGAACAACCUCAAUAUAUUCGACCGGGGUUCCUCUCGGCAUAUUUAUCCUCUCGCUUUACUUGCUUACAAUUUCAAUUAUGGGGUUCUAUGGAACAAGAAAGGAAAGGAUCAAUACCCUCCGUGUGUACAUGGCGCUGGUUGUGAUUGCGUUUGUUGUUCAAUUGGCAUUGGGUGCAGUUGCUCUGGGGCGUGUUGCAGAUAUGGAAUCGGCCAUGUUCGACGCUUGGCAAGAGGUCUUCAGCUGCUGUGGAUUUUCUUCGUUGAUUGACAGAGCGGUUCCCUCCGACUGCUCCAUUUCAGAAGAAUUUGGCUUCCUAGUGCCAUGCAAAGAUAAAGUCAUCGCGGCAGGAAACAGAUCUUUGCAAGUGACAGGGGUUUCUCUGAUUUCGAUUGGGAUUAUUGAGGCAGCCGCAGUGUUCGUAUCCCUUCUGCUCUAUUGGAACUGGCCAGACGAGGAGGAAGGAUAUGGCUCAGAUGAAGCUACUCGCAGGCUCGUCAAUCCAGAGCAUUUGAGUGCCCACGUUAUUUCAAAGGCCUAG